GGGGCAACGGACCAUCACAUCAGCUGUUUCCCUCUCGUUCUCCGCAUCGCAGUACGCCAGGUCGCCGUCAGGAUGGUAGCUCUGCAGGAGGUUAUAUUGGCGUGUUUGGUUGGCCUGUCUGCCUGCCAGUUCAACCGGCCGGCCACCGUUGGCGCGCCUCCGAUCCCCAUUCUGUACGACGAUCGCAAUGGCCCGGACGUUUCGGGCGCCUACGACUUCAGCUACGGAACGGGCAAUGGGAUAGCACACCAGGAGUCUUCCCGUCCCACUGGCGUUGAUACCUUCGUCGUGGAGGGAUCGUACAGCUACACGGCCCCCGACGGCACCCUGGUCGAGGUCCGCUACAUCGCCGACGAGAACGGCUUCCGCGCUGAGAGCCCCCUGAUUCCUACCACCCCCACGCCGCCCCUGCACUCCCUCAGGCAGAUCGCCGCCGCACAGGACGCCUUCUCAAGACAAAGCUCCGUGCAACAAGGAGGUUUCCAGCAACAAGGCGGAUUCCAGCAACAACAGGGAAGUCUACAACAGCCAGCAGGCGGUUUCCAACAGCAGGGUGGCUUCCAGAACCGACGUCGAGGAGGGUUCCAGAGUAGACGCCAAGGUUAAAUAAGGACAUUUAUCAACAAACGUGAAUGGAGAUGGUGUGCUUGAACAAAGUCACAAGGACAUGAUAAAAAUAUUCCUCUCGACCCCUCUUAUUAUUUUCCUUUUUUCUGUCUCCCUCUCUCUCUCUAUCCCU